CAGUCAGUAUAAGAAAAAGAAAAACAAGCAGUCGCUGGGAUUUCGAGAGCAACUAAAAAUUGAAUGUGUGAUUUUUUUAAACAAUAAAUGUUUAUACUUUAUAUUAUGUGUCGCUGAAUCUCCGAACCGUGAUCAACACCUGCCAAAGCUUACAAUGCUGCAGUCGCGAUACCCAUUUGCAAACUUUUACCAGAUUUAUUGAAUCUCCAAAAAAAAAACAUUAAACAAAAAAGAAGGAAUAUCGAGAGAGGGAGAAAAGAAAGCUAAACAAUGUGCGAUGUUGACGGUGAAAUUCGUUGCGAGUCAGUGACUCAGCAGGCGGCGCAAACUUUGCCGGCGAUAGUAGAAGUUGCCAUAGCCGAGACACAAACAGAAAUUCCUUUCCACGAGUUAAAAUUGAAUAACAACCUGCAGAGUAAACUGAUUGCUGAUUGGAGUUUGGAUGAGGUGCAGCAGUGGAGCUGUCAGGAGCAGUUCUCCCAUGAGAUGCGUACUUGCUUGCGCAUCGAGGAAAUUGACGGCCAGGUGUUGCUCGCCCUAACGGAGGAAGAUGUUCGCGAUUUCCGCUACAAAUUGGACUAUAAGCUGAAGUUUGGCGAAAUGAAAAGGUUCUGGUUAACGGUCUUCCAUCUGCAAUUUCAAUGCCAGCAGCAUCAGCAGGAUCAACAGUUGCUGCAGGACCAACUAAAGGUGCAAUCAAAUGGUGGUCCCAGAGGCUCCACGAUGCCGUUGAUGCUCGGCAUCUCAAGUCAUUUGACACAGUCGUCGCGGGGCAACGUUUUUAUAACCGCGCCUGUUGCUCCUGCUGCUCCGUCGGAAUCCUGUCCAUGUCCUGCGGUGCAUAACCGUGGUAGCAGUUUGUUAAUGUCAGAUGUGUUACAUUGCAAGAACAAACGUUUGGUAUCGCCCGAAUAUUUUAAGACGGCAAUCAGUUUAGGCUAUUCAUUUGUGGUCACAUGGAUAACGUCGUUUGUAAUGGUGAUAGUGCACGAGCGUGUGCCCGAUAUGAAGCGAUAUCCCCCGCUGCCGGAUAUAUUCCUGGACAACGUACCCCACAUACCGUGGGCAUUCAAUAUGUGUGAGAUUACCGGCACACUUCUAUUUACAAUUUGGCUGUUUGUGCUGAUCUUUCAUAAGUAUCGUCUGGUCCUGCUGCGCCGGUUCUGCGCAUUGGCCGGCACUGUAUUUCUGUUGCGUUGCGUUACGAUGCUAAUUACUUCGUUGAGUGUGCCCGGCACCCAUUUGCAGUGCAAUCAAAAGGACUUUGCCAUCGAUGACCCCAAUGUUGAUGUUUUUGGGGCUCUGGUAAUACGAAUGACGAGAGCAUAUCGCAUCUGGAGCGGUCUGGGCAUGUCCAUACAGGGUGUACGCACCUGUGGAGAUUAUAUGUUCAGUGGUCACACGGUGGCCUUAACGUUGCUCAACUUCUUCAUCACUGAGUAUACUCCGCGUAAUCUGUAUUUCUUGCACACGUUGACCUGGCUGUUGAAUAUGUUUGGCAUCUUCUUUAUAUUGGCCGCCCAUGAGCAUUAUUCAAUUGAUGUGUUUGUUGCCUUCUAUAUAACUUCGCGUCUAUUUCUCUACUAUCAUACACUGUCCAACAAUCGAGCUCUCAUGCAAAGCGAUUCGACGCGCACGCGAAUUUGGUUUCCCAUGUUCAGCUAUUUCGAGAACUCUGUGGAUGGCAUCAUUCCAAACGAAUUUGAUACGGCCAGCUCACUGAUAGAUGCGCUGAUUCUGCAAAUAAUGCACAUUAAAGAUCAAAUGUUUGGCAUUGGUUAUCGCAUUUGGAUGGCUAGAACAAAUUCAUCGACGACUAAUAUAUUCGACUCCCCCGAUCUGCCGUCGCCAAAAGCUCCUAGCAAUUUGGAAUUGCAUAUAAAUUCUAUACCCAUUCUGGCGAAUUCAUCAAGCCAGCAAUUGAAAGCAACAACGGCCGAAGAGCACGUCAGUCCAUUUGCUAGUGCCGCAGACGAUUUUCGAAGUCGGAUGUCGGAGAAGAAGGUGCUCUGAUUUCGUUUUCAUAUAAACAGCAGCAGGAUCACCAAGUCUCUUAAAUGUUUUGCGAAAGAGCAAUCUUUUACACAUACACACAAACACAAACACACACACUCACAGCGACUGAUAAUUUGUACUCCUUAAAGAAAUUAAUUCCUACACGAUUCCAAUUGCUGCAG